AUGCGCAGACACAUCUACCGUCUCAUGGGCACCGGCCCCAAAGACGAUCUCCCCUCGAAUCAUCUUGAGGGGCUGCAUCUCAGCGACGAUGAGCCCGUACGGUUUGUGUGGGCGAAGACGGCCAGACAGUCGCCCCACAACGCUCGCAUGAAGUCCCGCAUUAUCAAGGAUCUGAUGGCUCAUCGCCAAAUAUACAAACACGUGCCGGACGAGGCCUUCCAACGGAAGGCCCUCGAGGCGGCUUUCGAUCAGGCGUUUACAACUCUUCGCCUGAAAGCGAAGGGGCAGAGCGACGAGUCGAUCGCGCAGGCGCAAAAAGCCAAGGAGGAGCACAAGUCAAUGAAGGCUCGGCGGUUCAGUCGGAAGAAGCUCAAAUUAGGCUGUCGUACCGAGGCUCGACAGAAGAUGGACGCGUUCUCACAUCCCACUUUCGACGGUGCCUUGCACCUCGAGUGCAUGUCCUCUGAAGAGUCAAGUGACGAAACGUCCAAGGCGGGUUCCUCGACCCCCAAAGACAAAAAACUCGUCGUCCGAGGCAUCCCAUGGCGGAGCACUCGCCUGCUUAGGUUCUACGGUGUACUGGACGAGGACGACAAGCUCGACAAGAGCCUCAGGCCCAAACGCGGGUCCGGGAGAAAGGAGCGCACCGAGGGCCCUCCCAAAGUGGGGGCCUUCCUGCCGCCGACGGGCGUCGCGAAUUGGAUGAUCAGCCGACGGUGGCUACGCGACAUGCAAGCGGUCCACCCAGACACGCUGGAAUUGCUCGAGGGCCUCGUCGUGGACCCGCCGGGGUUCGACUGGAACCAGUUCGACGCGCUUGGCUAUGAGAGCGAAGACGAGAUGGACUCUGUGAGCACCGUGCUCCGAAGUCAGCGACUUGUAUAUCCUCCGAUCGACACUCAUCCCACCGUCCCCGCGAGCGCGAAUCCUGCUAGCAGUUCUUUACAGUAUGCGUUGGCUCCUUUACCCUAAUCAUAAUCACGGAAUCACGGAACCAUUGUUAUUGCAUUAUGUACCCUAAUAUGUAGUCUAAGCCUCACUGGCGAUGAUAUCAGCC